GUACAUGGCAGCCCUGAAUAUUCGUUCAGCGCGAUAGCCUCGAACUAUGUCUGGACGUCCAGGUAUUGCCGUCGUCCCACCUGGGUCUAGUCUACUCAAAGCGACCCCGCUCAGCGGCUGAGAGACUUCACCCACUGGACGCCCCAAUGUAGCUCAAGAAACAGUCCAGCCAAUGAGAUCGCGUAUGCAGCAUCCCAAGCCAUCACACCCAGUCGUCCUUUCCUUGCAUCCGACCACUUGCAGACCGCCGAUCAAAGUACUUACCCGCUUCCCAUCCCUCUUCAAAUCACCAUGUCGCCUCUGUUACACUCUGCACUUCACCCGGUUCCUCUCAGUCGGGAAGCGAAUGCAUUUGCGGCCCUAGAUCGACGCUGUACCCUGGACGAGUGCGAGGAAAGAUAGACCGCCCCUCCCAUUUCCUAUUUCUUACUUAUAUUUCCUUGAGUGUCAAGCCCAGGAAACGAUGCUGGAGAGAGCGCUUCCUCCAGCACUCAUAUCUCUGCUUCUUGUUGCAUCUGGUGUUUCUGCUACACCCUACAACUUCCUCGACAACUAUCGCGACCCCACACCAGCGCCUGACGAGGGGCCUCCUGCCUCAUAUCACGCUGUCCGAGACAAGAACGUUUUACCCUACGAGAUUUGUGGUGUCGUUGGCGGUUACGUCUUUACAGUACUUAUUUGGGGAGUACUUCUCCUCACUGUUGGUAGAAAGAUGAGACGAAAAGCACUGGAUCCGCCUAUGCAGUUGGAGCUGGAGCUCCAGGACGGCUACAAACCAACAAGACCGACUAUCAACACCGGUGGUCUAGCAUCGCCGCCACUAUCUGCACGAUUGUGGAGGAAGUUCAAGAAGACCGACUCGGCUGUUCAGAGUCCUGUGGUUCAAUCGCCGAGUUCUUUUGACCAAAAGGUGCUUGAUGCCCAUAGGGAUCAAGCCCAAGCUGAUAUGGAGCGUCUCUACGCCGCCGUCAUGGACUUUGACGCGCAGAAGCACGCUUCUAAGAUCAGUGUAGAUGAAGAGGAGCCAGUUCCCCGACCCACGGAGCGAAGAAGACCAUCAGCGCUCUCCAUCGGACGACCCCAAGACACCGCCGACUCCCCUAUCUCACCUGUGAAAGCCAUCUACCCACCUGGCUACUCAGACAGACCCCCAACAGCACCCUACACAGACCGCCCCCGUUCGAACAACCGGGAGCACCUCCGCGCAGAACCCCACGCACCCCCAAGCCCACGCAGCAUCUUAUCCAAACGCUCUCAAAACUCCACCAACAGCACAACGGGAGGCAAGAACGCGCGUUUCAACCUAAAGAACCUACGCAUCUCAGGCCCAAUAACAAAAUACCCCGGUGCAGAUUCCGACGACGAAGCACGCACACCACUCUCCCCACGCUUCUACGCCAACCCCGGCGCACCCCCUUCACCUCCUACUCAAACGAACUCUCCAAGCUCGCCAUUGAACUACAACGACGAAUCCCUCGACCGCGUCCAGCCCCUCCCCCGCCCAGCACCGCAACGACUAGGUUCCAAAGACCUACCUCUCGCCCAACCCCCCACCUCGCAACUUCGCGCCCAAAAUGCAAACGCCAGUCUCCCCCUCCGCUCUUUUGCCUCCCCACUCGCUUCCCCUGGUAUCCAAACUACCGUCCUCGACCGACGUGUCGAGAAACUCGCACUAGGUACUCCUAAAACAGGAGUGCCCUUCACGCCGUAUAGUCCGUAUAUGCCUUUUACGCCUAUCACGCCUGUGACGCCGCAUUUGACGACGAGGAAGGAUCGCAAGAUGGAGAAGAAGAUGGAGAGGAAAGGGAGGAAGGCGGGAGAUGUGCUUGUGCAGAGUCCAAAGGAGAUUUUCGGGGAUGCUUAUUAGAAGAUGCUGGGAGGAUGUGUAUAUGAUGAAUGGAUGGGGAUAGGCAUUACAUUUUGCAUUUGAAUUAGCGAUUUAACCUUUUUUUUUCUUUGUUUAAACGCCGCCGGUAGGCUGGUUGAUGACCUUUCCCUAGGCUUAUGAGGAUUGGGGGUUGCAUGUGUGGUUCGCAUUCUACGUUUAUAUUAUGGUUAUGUAUCUUUAUCUGGAUAGAAAUCGAACAACUGAGACGUUACAAGUUACACGUCAUUACAUUCCAACUUCCGU